CAGACAUGCCUUUGUUGAGCUGCAGGUAUCGUAUUGUAAUCAGGUCUUAAACUUUAAACAGGUCACCGUUUUGCACGAGGCUUGCAUGACGGUAGUUAGUUGCACCUGCUAUUAAGACGACGUAAGACAGUUUUACCAUAAAAGCGCUACUCAUUAUAAUUCACAAAGCUCGAUGAUUACGACUUGCUCGUGAUCACAUAUCAUAUUCACAUAGCUCGUUUUGAUUCUCACACUCUCUCGUGAUUAUUACAGUUCAGUUUCUUUCCCUCUGGUUCAUAUAGCUAGAAAACAUAGUUCUAGCCAAGAAUAUCUGAAAAUGCCAAAUACUGUCAACUGCUUCAGAACCAGAAUUGUUUUAAUGUAUGUGAAAUCUAUCCCUUUUUUAUUCAAUUUGUUGAAACUGAAUGAAGUUAAAAUGAAUGAAUCGUUAUGAAGUUGAAAUAUGUCACUUUUAAUGAGUGGUGAAUGGCUUGGGUAAAUUGUGAAACAUGAUGAUCAUUGAUCUGUGAACCUGCAGAUUAUUGUUUUAAAUGUAUGAUAGGCAGGUGCCUCACCAAUCAUACCACUCAGUGGUACUGCACAUCAUUGUCCGGCAUGGCUUGUCUUUUUCGUUUGGACUGACAAGGAAAGGACUGUAGUUGGCAUCAAAUGGAAAUUUCAAUUAACCUUGCACCGAGUGUGUGACAAUUUAGGACCACCUUCAUGCUACAGAGAGAGUUGCUACCAUCUUCAUGCUACAAAUGAGCUCUCGAAGGAUACGAAUUCUGACUCUUGUUGCUUUGGCAUGCUUUUUAAGCCUUUAUUUCCACAAGAUGGCAAACACACCAGUUCCUCUUUUUAUAAAAACACGAUUCUUUGAGCCACAGAAUGGAAGUCACAGUUCACCGUACAAAAGGUAUGGAGAGGAAACGCAAUUCUCAAGCAACAAUGCUUCUGAACUCUUCAAACUUGCAUCUAAAUGUCUCCUCAAAGCAAAACAAGAUAUUUCUGAGUAUUUGCACAAAACAAGCAACCUUCCAGGAGAUCAAUCCAAAUCAAGGCAAAUCCCGGACUGCAAUGAGCACUACCUUUUGAUCAUACUCGUCACGACAAGGCCUGGAAACUUUGCCAAUAGAGUGGCAAUUCGAUUGUCAUGGGGUAGGAUGGACUCAGCUAUCAACAGUUAUAUCAAAAAGAAUAACAUAGAUUAUAAAUGGAAGAGCAUUUUUUCUGUCGGCUUAGCCAAUUCUCCGAAUAUAGGCAAUCUUGUAGCACUUGAAAACGAGAGGUAUAAAGACAUGCUCAGACUUCCAUACAAAGAUACGUACAAGAAUCUACCAAAUAAAACAAUGAAUAGUUUAGAGUGGAUUGCAGAAAACUGCCAAGCAAAGUUCGUUUUGAAGACAGACGAUGACUGUUUUGUAAAUAUCUUUAAAGUUUUACCAUGGCUGCAAAAUCUGCCCUCACAUCAUCGCUAUAUUGGAAGAGUGAAUAAUGAAAUGCCAGUUAUUCGAGACCCGAAACACCGAAACUAUGUUUCAGUUGCAGAACACAAAGAUAACUACUACAAGCCGUAUUGUGCUGGCGGAGGUUAUAUUCUAAGAAGCUCUAUCAUAAGAAAUGUAACAACCAUGGGCAAAAAGAUAAAACAGAUAAUAAAUGAAGAUGCAUACAUGGGAAUGUUAACUAACGCUCUAGGAGUUUCUCCCAAGAAUGAAGAAAGAUUUCUACCCUACAUUUUUUUUGGACCACCUGUAAAAAAGUUACAUAUUUGUGACUGGAAAGAUCAAUUUCUCAUCCACAACGUUUUUGGUAAGAGACAGCUUAUAAUGCAUUAUAACAGCAUAGCAAUGAAGCAUUUUCAUUCCUUAUGUGAAAAAUUUUAAAUUGAGUUAAUUAGAUUUGUUCAUAGUUUUCAGUAAUUAAAAAUUUAUAUUUGAAAUCAGUUCAAUUUUUCUUCCAGUCUUUAUUUGGGAGUUGAAAAUUAGGCCCCUUCACUAGAUGCUUCAUUGAGAGGAACACCCUUCACAGCGACGAAAUUAUUCAAUAAAAGGGUUUUUAACUUUUUGAAAGAGAGAACAGCAAAAAGUGACCUAGGGGCAUUGCCUCUUCCUAGCAUACUAAUGUUCAGUUUUGUGUUUCCAAGAAAUCAAUACACUUGCACUUGUUGCAUUUCAAAAAUCAAAUGAUAAAUAUUUCCAGUAAGAUCCAGCCUCUUUAUCACCUCUUUUUUGGCCUGUUAAAUUGUCUUUUUUUAUCAAUUUCAAUUUUCUAUGAACUGGCAUUCUCCUUUUAUAGCCAACGGUACAAUCAGGGGUCUGGAAUAGAGUACCUCAGUCCAAGAAUAGAACUAAGGAGGCAAUAUAUGAUUUGGGUCUUUAUCAAAUACUUUUCUGCGUGUCAAACUGCCUUUAUAUUGAAAAUUCCAACUUUGUAUGACCUAGCGUUCUCUGUUUAUAGACAAUGGUACAAUUAGGGGCCUGGAUCAGAAUACCACAGUUUAAAAAUAGAAAUUAGGGGCAAAUUUUGAAUUGGGUCUAUAUCACAUCUUUUUUGGCCUGUGAAGCGGUCUUUUCAUUAUAAAUUUAAACUUUCUAUGACCUGGCGUUCUCCGUUUAUGACCAAAGGUACAAUUAGGGGUCUUGAGCGGAACACCCCUGUCUAAAAAUAGAACUUAGGGGCAAGAUAUGGGUCUAUAUCACAUGUUCUUCAACGUAUCAAACUGCCUUUAUACUGUGAAUUUCAACUUUCCAUAGCCUGGCGUUCUCCGUUUAUGGCUAGAGUAGCCCUGUCUAAAAAUAGAUCAUAAGGACAAGAUACUAUUUGGGUCUAUAUCACAUGUUGUUCAGCGUAUCAAACUUGGCAUUUUCUGAAAUUUAGGCGCUUGUAUCACAAUUUGCACAAUCUUGCUAUAUUUCUGCACUAAUCUCCUACACUAAAUCAAUGGUUAAACCUGUCCCGAGUGAUUAUAUUCUUAGACCUAAAUGGUGGCAUGACUGGAACAAACAGUCCGAGCAACUCAAACGCUGUUUUGACUCAUGCUUGAAGAUGGUACACUAGAUCUCUGAUUGUGAAGUGAUUAUUAGCUAAGUAAUAAACUCAUUAAAAGGAAAUAAAGGGAAUACAAUUGUACAUUCAAGAAUUGAAAAUCAAAAUCAUCGGCAUAUGCUUCUUGAAAUUGUUGAAUGCUUUCGUCAGCUUAUCACCCUUUGACACUUGUUGGCAAUCUGUUCUAUAUUGAAAUAGAUUGCAUCAUCUGGCUGGUUGAUUCGAGAUUUAUUUCUCAAAAUAAGGAUUUCCUUUUUCAGUCUUCUUAUGAAAUUAAAAUAGGAAAUAACAUGGUAGUUGCCUUGUAUCAGCAUAGUUCCAUUUGUUGCUGUAUGUAGCUUGUUUAAAUGGUUAUUUGUUCUUAUUCCUGAGUUUAGAUUUUGAAAAUGGCGUGUGAAACAGUCCAAUCCAUUUAUGGUUGCUGGCCGAGGUAUCAUAAUCUCGCUAUUAAUGUUUCAGGCACCGCGCACCAGUUUAAAAGUGGGAGGGGGCCGAAAAGGACGUGAUCGAAAAUGUUCUUAGACCACGCCUUUUGGAACGCCAGAGAAUGCUCCUCUUAGAAAGUACUUUCUUAUUUUUACUAAUCAUUUAUAAACAGCCUUAUUCAAAGAAGCUUUUAAUUACUAUCAACAUAAAUAUGAUACGCUUGAGGACAAUUGAACACCAAGCUAACCAAGAUAGAAAAUAUUAUUAAAGAAGAUAAAACACUGAAAAAAUUAACAAAAAAGGGUGUCCCAGUCAAAAAGAGCUGCUGCUUCACAUGGCCGGCAAAACGUAUUUGAAAGUGGAGGGACCAAUACGAAAUUUCUGAAAGGGUUUAGCAAAAGCCACAACCAUGUUUGGCGGCAAGAAAAAGUUUGGAAAUAUGAAAUCUUGAGGAUGACCAAAAAGCUAUAUCUGAAAUGGAUUUUGACUGAAGGAAGGUCCAAAGCAAUAUUUUCAAGCUUUUUUUAAUCAAAAUGUCCGAUACUUCUGUCAAUUGUGCUGUUGACAUGAAAAUAGAAAAGUUCUUGCAAAGUUUUAAAACAGCCUUUUAGAUAUAGCUCGUAAUGAAAUAUUUUUUGGACUUAGAAAGUAGCUAAAAACAUUUUCACUGAAAAAUCAACAACAUUGAAAAACCUAGUAUUUUUACGGUCCGAUGGUCAUCAACAAAUAAUCGAUUGAUCGUGUGAAAUCCGAAAUCUCGGUCGAUAGGUGGGGAUUUCUCGGCACAAGGCAAGCCUCUGCCUAGGGAUUUCUCGGCACAAGGCAAGCCUCUGCCUAGGAAUUUCUCGGCACAAGGCAAGCCUCUGCCUAGGGAUUUCUCGGCACAAGGCAAGCCUCUGCCUAGGGAUUUCUCGGCACAAGGCAAGCUUCUGCCUUGUCCAGAAUAGAAACCAUUCUUCUUUCACCCUUUCUCGUGACGACAAUCACGCGCUCGUUUAAAUCUUCCGAUAUCGGCCUCCAGACGACCCGCGUUCGCAGGCACUCGUACCCUUGCUCGCUUCAACUUUCUUCCCCUAAAUUCAGGUUCGCCGGAGCAAGGGGGCCACGGGGGCCACGGGGGCACAGGUCCCCCUGUUUGCAAAAAGUAUAAAUAAGUGCCCCAUUUCGAUGAAUAUAUUGCAUGUAUUUUUUCAAUGUCAGAUAUUCUGCCUAUAGAAAUUGAGUAAAAUAACAUAACUCUGGACGUUGUUGGAGAACCAUUCACUGGAAUUUCCUCAAAUUUUCACUUGGUCUUGAUGCAAAAAAACUCAAGCUCCUGUGAUGAAUAAUAUCAACUGCGAAGGAGACUGCUAUUUUUGCGAGAAAAUUUCCGUAGUAUGUCUUCAGCAACAAAUGCAUUUGUGAAAGGCCCGCAUCAAGUACCCGGCGUGCACAGUCGUCAGUUGGUCCAAUGUAUAUCGUGUGUGUUCCUGAAAGUAGUACUGGACCUCUAUCUCUGAUUCUGGGUUAAGUAAAAUGUACCCUAUUCUGUGCCUUUGCCAAAAUUGUGUAACCCUUUUCACUGAGAAUAUUUGAGCUUGAGCAGGAGUUUUUUAUACCAAUUCAUGUUAGAACCAUUCCUUUUCUUAAACUUAUGUCUAGGCAAGUAAAAAAAAGAGUUCACUAUAUUUGAUUUUAGCAACAAUCCCUUAUGGUUCUUAAUACAUAUUAACAAAAUCAGACAACAGUAAAACUAUAACGACAAUAUAUUGCUUACUUCACAACAUUGUGUUAAAGUUUUUAUGAAGACAUGAAGAAGUUGUGUCUCUGCAAUGAGUACAUGCUAGCAAAGACUAAAACAAAGACUUAAGUUUCUUAUCUAGGAUUAGAACAAUAUACAAGACUAGAUGCUAAAUUUGUUGUAGUUUCUUGAUGCCACCGAUUUACCUAAAAAAUUAUCUGUAACAUCAUAUCAGUAAAUUCCUGCCCUUUUGUGUUUUCUUUGACUGAUUGAAAAAGCAGAUUCUAUGUCCCAGAAUUCUAGCUUUCAGACCAUCCUUUCAUAGAUUUUUUCAGAAGUCAGAUGUAAUACGUUUGACCAACUGACUGAGCCCGCCGGGAUCAAGUUUAAGGAGAGUUGAAAGCUUGUUUCGUUCAUAAGACUGAUGAGAUAAACCUAAUCAAUUAUGCAAAUUACACUUUCUAUGGCAGCGAAGAAUGUGCCCGCACCUUCAGCCGAUUGCAUGAAGAUGACUUAAACUUAAAAUCAUGUGUUUAAGUGGCGAUGAAAAUGCACAAAUACCAAGGGAGACUAAAUUGUUUAAAUAUAUAAGUAAGAAAAUUAAAAUGAUUAUUCGAACUAGCUUUCGAUAAAUCAUAGAGACUGAAACUUUUCUUUGAAAGGGAGAGGGAUUGGAUUUGGCAUUGAAGUAUAUAGAGACUAAGAAUUCAAAAAUUCCAUUCAGUUCAUAUUUUGGGUUAGAUUCGUUGGUAUGUUGCAAUAAAUCUAAACAUUUGUCGAGUGUAAUUCGCCUGCAACAGGUAUGAAAGAAGGAUGUGUGCUUGCUUUUUCCCCGGGGCCAAAUCCAUUUACAAUUCAAAUUAUAAGGAAAAUAAGUACAGCGUAUUGUAAAUCAUACACGGAAGAAAGAUUUACACUCUCAAAAAACUUUGAAGCCCAUGAGAUGGGAAGAUAUACAAAUAGUUAUGAUCAUAGUCAAUAGAAAAACUAUUGUCAAUUUUUUCUAUUGACUAUGCUAUGAUCAAGAGUGCGUGGUCCCUAAAUGGAGUAAAUAGCCAUGUCUUCUUUCAGCAAAGAUAAUUCUCACUAUGUCCAACAUGUGUCAUUUUCUUAUAAAUUUCUGAAUUACCAUGAAAUCUGUACCAUUUUUGG